AUGGACACGUCGUCAACCCUCGCGACGAGCGCCAACCCGACAAUUCCCGCCGAACAGCUUGCCGCACUUACAUCGCUGCUGUCGGGACUCACCGCUGCCGCUUCCGGCACUACCGCACCCGCCACGACAUCCGGCUCCAAUCGCAAUGCCUUCCCGAAGCAUGCGCGGUUGGACGGGCCGAAGACGUUCGCGAACUGGACACGCCAGCUUCGCCUGUGCCUAGCGGACGACAUCCGCUCCUACGUCCUCGACGGAAUCACCCCCGACGAUUGGACGCCUUCGCAACGCUCCGCCCGCGACGUCGUGGCACGCGAGAUCCUUGCAAACUCAAUCGACUCGGCCGAAGUCUCGGCAGUCCUCGACAAGAUCCCUACGGCCGACCUCACAGCGCCCAAGAUUUACUCGACGCUGAAAUCGCGAUACGCCCCUGAUGACGCCACUCGCACGCUCGAGCUCUUCUCGCGACUCUGGGGCUUCCGACCCAUGCCCGGAACGGUUGGCGAAUUUGACAGUUGGAUCAUGGACUUCAAGUCGGUCGCGCAAGAGAUCAUCGAUACGAAAACGACGAUCAACGACGUCCUUGCCACACUCCUCCUCGCGAUCGCCCACCCGUCACUCGAGAGCUUCAAGGCAACGUUCACCGACGAACAACGCACGCAACGAACUCUCCCUGACAUCGAUUCAGUGGCCGACCGUAUGCGAGUUCAACUCCGGUCAACGAACCUCUCCAACGAUCAAUCGGCCCUCCUUGCCUCGUCGUCGCCACGUUCUACCCGUACCAAGUGCCUCGCCUGUCGCAGCCCUUCUCACCGCGUCGCACAAUGCCCUACAAGGGCCCAGCAUCCACCGCCAGGCCCGUGUCGCUCCUGCAAGAAAAAGGACCACUGGUCUUUCGACUGCAAAAAGGCUCUUGAGGACGGGAAAACGCCCGACACCUCUGAUGCGCAACACCAUGUCGGAUGUCUCGCCACCGGUCUUCUCGCACAUCGUCGUCAGCUUCGCAACAACUCCUUCGUCGUCGACUCGGGUGCCACUUCGCACAUGGUCUCGGACAAGUCGCUGUUCACGGCCUAUCGCCACAUCGCUCCUACGAAGAUUGGUGGUAUUGCAGGGGGCAUCAACGCCGUCGGAACGGGAAACAUCGCCUUUGUUGCCGCCUCCGGUCACCCGAUCACGCUUACCGGCGUGCUGCACACCCCGGGCCUGUCUGUCAACCUCCUCUCGGUCUCUCGACUUUGCGACACCGACGAUGUCCGUGUCGCCUUCACGAAGCACGGCAUCCAUAUCGACAAGAACGGCAAUGCUAUCGCUGAAGGCGCAAGACUCGAGGAAGGGCUCUACUUGCUGGACGCUGAUCAUUCCAAAUGUCAGCAUCUCGCUCUCCUCUCUCGCUCACAGUCUUCCGUGCCCCUGCUGACCCUUCACCGCUGCCUCGGCCAUCUCGCACCGUCGUCCAUACAGAAGAUGGUUGCCGCUGGUUUGCUGGAAGGUCUCGGGGCCGGAUAUAGUGACGAAGAGGUAGAGAAGUUUGUCUGCAAUGCUUGCCUCAGUGCAAAGGGCCAUCGUCUUCCUUUUCCCGAUUCGGACUCGCACUCCUCAGAAGACUCGGCCUCGUACACAGCGAUGUGCUUUCCUUUCCCGAGUCGUCCUUGACUGGCAAGCGUUACCUGGUCACGUUUCUUGACGACUUCUCGCGCAAACUGUGGGCAUACGCGAUCGGACACAAAAGCGAAGUCUUUGGCGUGUUCAAGACAUGGCUUGCCGAGGUCGAACUCGAGACGGAUGCAAAACUGAAGGUCCUCCGAACCGACAAUGGUGGCGAAUACUGUUCGAAAGCGUUCACGGAAUUCUGUAAGGCACGCGGCACACGUCGACAAUACUCUAUCCCUCGAACGCCUCAACAGAACGGUCGUGCCGAACGAGUCAAUCGUUCUAUCGUCGAAGGUGUCCUUGCCCUCCUUGCAGACGCCCACUUACCCAAAUCAUUCUGGGAGGAGGCAGCAGCUUAUUUCGUCUACUGCAAGAACCUGUGCGAACACUCGGCCCUGGACAAGGCAACACCGAACUUCGCCUGGCAGGGCGACCGCACCAACGCCUCGGCGCUUCACCCGUUCGGCUGCACGGCUUGGCUCACAGUCGCGCCUGAACUUCGCUCGAAACUCGACCCGAAAGCGGUUCGCGUUCUCUUCACCGGCUAUGACCUGGCUUCUAAAGCCUUCCGUUUCUACGACACGACGACCAAGAAGAUCAGUUGGGCAGAAAUGCCAGGUUCCUCGACAACGAAUUUCCCGGGUUACGUAGCGACUCCACCGAGCAAGACGCCGACACGCACUUCGCCAGCGCUUGCCCGACCACCGAAUCCCAAGCCGUUGUCAAGACAUGGACCCCACUAGUAAGGUCGGCGCACAUGGACGUCUCAUCCUCUCUUGAUGACUCUGCCAUGAGCGCCGUUGACGUGGCCCCAGGGUACACUGGCGGAACCUUACUUAAUUCCACAGAUGCCGAAUCGUCCUCGUCACCGUCUCCUGAGCCGUCCUCGUCACCGUCGCCCGCAACUCCCUUGUCACCGUCGCCUGCGCUGUCACCGUCGUUGGCUGCGUCAUCGUCACCCUCGGCCUUACCGACCGACUCUGACUACUCCGCCGACCCUCUGGACCUCAUCGGCUCACAGACCCCGACUCGCCUCGGCCACCGGACGUGCACCGCCCAGACUUCAGCACGUACCGUGAGCCCGCAUCGGCUGAGGAGUCGCCCGACGAACUCGACAUCAUUGGGCGCCACUCGCGCGAUGAAUCGCCGGACGAAAUCGAUUUCCUCACCCAACACCACCGCGCCUUCAUCGCCACCGACGACGACAACUCUGACACAGAAGCCAUUCAACCAGUCAAGUCCAUCACCAGCGACCCACAGACAUGGCGCGAGGCAAUGUCGAGUGACAAGCGCGAAGUGUGGGCCAAGGCCGCUACCGACGAGUUCAAUUCCAUGCGCGACGACUUCAAGGUCUUCACCAUCGAGGACCGAUCCACGGUACCAGCGGGUGCGACCAUCGUCACAUCCAAGUUCGUCUGGAAAACGAAACGGAAUGCACUCGGCGAAGUCACCGGCCACAAGGCACGGCUCGUGGCGCAGGGAAAUCGGCAACGCGACGGCAUCGACUUCAACGAAACCUUCGCACCAGUCGCACGCUUCUCCUCGAUACGCUCACUCCUCGCGCUGGCGGCCGCCAACGGCUUGCACGUGCACCAGGCGGACAUCGACAAAGCCUAUCUGCAUGGCGACCUUGACCAUGACAUCUGGAUGACGACACCGCGCGGCUUCGACCUUCCCACCGACAAGGUGCUUCGUCUGCGACGCUCCAUCUACGGACUCAAACAGGCUGGCCGAAUCUGGAAUCGACACAUCGACGCAUCGCUUCGAGAUCUCGGCUAUACGGCGACGGGCACCGACCACUGCGUGUACUCUCGGAUCGACGAUCGGCGACGCCCACACUACAUCGCGCUGUACGUCGACGACCUCCUGAUGAUCAGCCCCGACUUGGCCGAAAUUGAACGUGUCAUCUCGGGCCUCGAACAACGCUACGGCGUCAAGCGCCUCGGCCCGGCAGAGUACAUCCUCGGCAUCCAGAUCAGGCGACUCGAAGACGGUUCUAUUGCCCUGUCCCAGGAACGGUACAUCAUGGACGUGCUUGCUCGGUUCCACUUCGACACCACGACUCGCGGCACUACAGUCCCGAUGACCCCCGGCCUUUCGCUCACCGCCAUCCCGGGUCAAGGCACCGAACGGAUCAGGUCAUGGUAUCUGCAGGCUAUCGGCUCGCUCCUCUACAUUUCGCUCGGCACCCGCCCCGACAUCGCCUUCGCCGUGUCCUACCUGGCCCGCUUCGCCAACAACCCUGGACGUCGUCACUGGAUCGCGGUCAAGCACAUCCUCCGCUAUCUCCGGGCCACAUAUCGCGACGAACUGGUUUAUGCUUGCGGCGAGACACGCAUCACGGGCGUGGUUGGCUACUCCGACGCGAACUGGGGGGCCUGCGUCGAUACGUCGGUGUCCACUAUGGGCUACGUCUUCUACAUUGCCGGAUCCGCCGUGUCUGGUCGUCCAAGCGUCAAUCUCGAGUUGCCGAUUCUACACCGACGCUGAAUACCUCGCCCUCUCGCAUGCUGGCAAGGAAGGGAUCUACCUCAGUCAGCUGCUCGAGGAGCUCCAUGUCCAACCUGUUGCACCGGCUCACAUUUUUACUGACAAUGAAGCCGCUGCCGCAGUUGCCCACGACCCUGUCCGCGUCUCCGGCACUCGACACAUACGCUUGCGCGAGCACUUUGUUCGGGACAUGGUGAAUCGGGGCGAUAUCUCACUCUCGCAUGUGGGAACCAGCAACAUGGUGGCCGACAUCUUCACAAAGGCUCUUGGCCCAAAGAUUUUCUCGACACACUGCUACGCACUAGGCCUUCGCACUCGACACCCACGGCUUGGAUCUGCCUCGCAUUCGCGUGGGGGGGGGUGUGAAGAGUCCACUCUCAGCUCGACAGGGGCGCCUCGGUCGUUGCGCGCGCCUGCUAGCCUGGCCCCUGUGGUGGGGACUUAG